AUGGGUAAACUCAGCAAUAGAUCAGAGGUUGUUGCAGCUGUUUCACAUGCCUUUGUUAAUUCAGGACAAGGUAACAACAACAAGGAUGCUAACAAGAGGGAUGCUGAGGGAAAAGAAAUCGCGCAAAAGUUGAAUCUAAAGAAGAUGAAGAAGUUUUAUGAGCCUGAAAACCGAGAUUGUUCCCUAAAAGCGCUUCAUGAUAUCUCUUAUGAUGAGUUUAUAACACAAACCUGGAUUGGUGAAGAUUCUUCAGCCAAGCCAGGGAAAAGAACCGCAGCAUCAAAAACACUUAUAGCCAGCAACCUGCCAGUUUCCAUUGAUAAAGCUCAUGUGAUUCACUUCUUUAAACAGGUUGGGGAUGAUAUUGUUGAUGUCCGUUUCUAUUUCUAUAAAGGUAAGGAUGGAAAGCUCAGGAUUAGCUUUGCCCUUGUUGAGUUUGCAACUGAAGAAGCUGCAAACAAGGCAAUAAAGUUUCAGCGCCUAGACCUUUUGGGCUACGACAUUAGACUUUCCCGUCAACUGGAAGACGCUACUGGAGCAGCAUCAAAAAGACUUGUCAUGAAGGGCCUACCAUAUUUCAGUGAAAAAUCUGAUGUGAUCAAGUUCUUUAAACAGGCCGGGGAAAUUGUUGAUGUGCGCUUCUCUUAUAACGAGGAUGGAGAGUUCAGCGGAUCUGGCCACAUUGAGUUUGCAACUGAAGAAGGUGAAAAGAAGGCAGAAAAGCUAAAUGGGUUAGAGUUAUUGGGCAGUCCUGUUUAUCUUCGCCGUGAAGCCAAAGGCACUGGAGCAUCAAGAACACUUUGUCCGUACAGCUUUCCAUUAGUAAAUCUCAUGUGA